GGAAGCGAAUGCGCGGCCACGGCGGGAAACGGCCGAGGAGGCGCCGCCCGCGGGACCGGCGGGACCCGGGACAUCCCAGGGAACAUCCUGGGGUAUUCGGGGGCACCGGGACAUGCCUGGGGGCAUCCCGGGAUAUUUGAGAGCACCGGGACAUCCCUGAGGGCAUCCCGGACACUCCGGGGCAUCGGGACACCCUCUGGAGGAGCAUCCCGGACACUCAGAGGUACUGGGACACACCGUGGAGCAGCACCGGGACCCUCUGGAGGAGCAUCACAGGACACUCCGGGGGGACACUCCAGAGGAGCAUCCCGGGACACCCCGACGAUGAUCCCGUAGCUGAAUUCUUCCUCGUUUUGUUUUAAAUUUUUUCCUGCUCGGGCAGGAAUUUUUUAAAUCUUCCUGCCCCCGCCGAGGCCGGGUGGAGCUGAGGAUGCUGGGGGCAAGCUGGAGGAAAUGGCUCACCCUGGAAGGCUGUGCAGAGUCGGGCCCUGUGUAACAGGAGAAAUUGCAAAUCUGCAAAGAGAGGCUCGUUGAAUUCUUUUUGGGAUAGGAUCCACCAUGCUCCUGUCCCAUCAGGGCCUGCUGCUUGGUUUGUGGGCCAGUGUUGCUUUUUUAACAUGGGCUUCUGGAGCUUUUCCUCAGAUAGUGAAGAGUGGAGGGAAGAGAAAAUAUACUAGUGGGAGGAAAGGCAGGUUUGUGAACUGUUGCUUAAAAGAAAGGGGAAUAUUUCAUGUGUUGACAUGUCUGAAGAUGCUUUGUUGGAAGAGGACAUUUGGGAGUACAAAUCCAUUAGGAAGCGAAAGCAUCAGAGUAAUUCACAGAGCAUCUCCACUCCUGUGCAGGAAGUAAGUGUUGGCAAAGGCAAGCCAAAAAAGAAGAGAAAUGGCAAAAAGAAAUCCACAGAAAAAACUGGUACACCUCAGAAAACCAAGCAGAGCUCACGGCCAGGUCAGGAUGUGGAUGAAUGUAAAGAAGACAGUAGUGUGCACUCCCAGAACAGUGUGGGUAGCCUGGCAGAGCAGAGCUCACAAAAUGCAAAGCCCGUUCACGAUGGAUUCUGCCCCAGCUGCCAGAUGCCCUUCUCUUUGCUUUUGGUCCAGACACCUCAGUGGCAUGUCUAUGAAUGUUUGGAAACUCCAGGACCCAUUGAAAAAGAGUGUCCUGAUGGUCUGCAGUGCACCUCCACCAUUCCAUCUCACUACAAGCGGUACAGCCAUUUUCUGCUUGCUGCAAACAGGGCAGGGGAGUACCUUGUAAACCCUUUGGGAACCACUGUGGAGAUGAAGAUUACAUCUUCUACUGCUGCAAAGCCCAGCUGUUCCCCAAGUUAUGCAGAGGAAACCUCAGGGAAUGAGAAACCCUCUACUGAAAUAAAACGUGCCCCAAACCAUGACUGUGCAUCAAUGGCACAGAAUUCACCACAAAUGAAGUCUCUAAAUAUGAUUAGUGGAAGCACUUCCUUUUUUGCAGGUGUUGAAAAACCUCAGCAGGCACUUCAGCUUCCAGAGAUGGCAGAUAAUCAUUGUAAAUUUGAAUUUUUUGAUGUUGCAUCCUCUCAGGAAAGUGAAACAGGAAAACAUCUGUGUGUGGAGAAAGAUACAAGUCAGCCAAGUCUGCUACAGUCAGGAGUGGAUUUCAAUGACUAUGAAAUUUCUUACUCACCACUAAGUACAUUUGAGGAAAGUGAAGAGGAAGAGGAGGAAAAAGUAAAAGUAUCACAGAAUAAAUUAUUCGAAGUGCAGAACUCAGAAGAAGAAGACUCCAAUUCUGUGACAUUUAAAACAUUAGAUGAACUCCUCUUACAGAGGAAGCCUCAGUAUGAGCAUGCAAAAAUGGAAAAUUUCAUAACUAAAAAAACCCUCUGUGGGGAAGAAAAUACAUUGAACCCUCUAGAUCCUCAGCAAGGGGUGGUAGCCAGUGGGUCCUCUUCUGCUUGUAGUUACAAGGAGGUUGAACAGUCACAAUUGAUUUCCUCUGCUCCCAAAGCAGGAGCCACAGAAUCAGAAGAUGCUGGUGCUUGUGCUCUGGAAUCUGCAAAUGUGAAUUUUACUGGGACAUCACUGCUAGACAGAGAAGAAGCUGGCUCUCUUCUGACACAGAAGAGUAAUGUUUUGAGGGAGCCAAGUAACAUUUUAACUGGUACAAAUAAAAUGACUGCCAGUGCAAUUGAUAAAGCAGCUCACCAGGAGAGUUUGCAGACAGCAGUGGAGAAAAAAGGAAAUCCUAACACAGCUGCUGUGUGCUUUCCCAGCCCCAUCUCUUCUAAAUCAGUGCCAUCUCUUUCAUUAGCAACUAUGAACACUAAAUCCAGCCCUGCCAAAGAACUUAAACAAAUGGACAUUGGUGUUUUCUUUGGGCUAAAACCCAAAGCAAAGGAGGAAAGCAAAGGAAAGGCAUGUUUGAAGGAGAAAAAGCAGAUACCAGGUUCAGUAUCUCCGGAUGGAAAGAGGCCCAGACAGCAAAAAAGGAAGGCCGAGGGGUCUGUGGAAGAUGUGGAAGCAGUUACAGAAAGUGCAAGUAAAAAUGAAGCCGUUGCAGAUGUACCUUCUGGUGGCCAACGAAGGUGGAGAAAAAAAUUUAAAGAAUUUCCUACUACAGGUGAAGAACCAAGAAAAAAACACUGCCCCUUCUACAAGAAAAUACCAGGAACUGGUUUUACAGUUGAUGCCUUCCAGUAUGGAGAAAUUGAAGGCUGCACAGCUUAUUUCCUUACUCAUUUUCACUCUGACCACUACAGUGGACUAACAAAAAACUUCAGGUUUCCAAUCUACUGUAAUAAGAUAACUGGCAAUCUGGUGAAGAGCAAGCUCCGAGUCCAGGAGCAGUAUGUCCACGUGCUGCCCAUGGACACGCAGUGUGUAGUCAAUGGGAUCAAAGUGCUGUUGCUUGAUGCCAAUCAUUGCCCGGGUGCAGCAAUGAUCCUUUUCUACCUGCCAAGUGGGGCUGUUAUUCUGCACACAGGGGACUUCAGAGCAGACCCUUCCAUGGAGCGCUACCCUGCUCUGAUGGACCAGCAAGUCCACACCCUUUACCUCGAUACCACAUACUGUAGCCCUGAGUACACUUUUCCUGCACAGCAAGAGGUUAUCCAGUUUGCUGUCAACCUUGCCUUUGAGACAGUGACUUUAAACCCACGAACUCUAGUUGUCUGUGGCACUUACUCCAUUGGAAAAGAGAAAGUUUUCUUAGCAAUUGCUGAAGUUCUGGGCUCAAAAGCAAGUAUGUCCCGUGACAAAUACAAAACCCUGCAGUGCUUGGAGUCAGCAGCUGUCAAUUCCCUCAUCAGUGUGGACUGGAAGGGUACUUUGCUUCAUGUUCUUCCCAUGAUGCAAAUUAAUUUUAAGGGCUUGCAAGAUCACUUGAAUAAGUUUUCUGAGAAUUUUGAUCAAAUUUUGGCUUUCAAACCUACGGGGUGGACCUACUCUGAUUCAUGCCUUUCUCUGGAGGAUAUCAAACCUCAGACAAGAGGAAAAAUCACUAUAUAUGGGAUUCCUUACAGUGAACACAGCAGUUACCUGGAAAUGAAGCGUUUUGUUCAGUGGUUGAAGCCACGGAAAAUCAUCCCCACUGUCAAUGUUGGUGACUGGAGAGACAGAAGCUUGAUGGAAAUGCAUUUUAGAGAGUGGAUGACCGAGGGCAAUAGGCAUAAAUAAAUAUAAAGAAGAAUGUAUAUUUCAAAGGAAGUAGACUGGUAUGGGAAUUGAGUUCCUGUGAGUUUUAUUUAUCUCCCUUUUCCACAAAGCUUUCUUUAGGGAGGACUACACUGCCAUUCUUUGAAGAAAGAUAAAUUUGGGAAAAGAAAAAAAAGGCACCUUGCUUUCAUGUGUAUCUACUACUUUUUGUUUCCCCAUAACAUACCCUUUUUGGAAGUUCAAAAUUUAGGUUAUUUUUAUCUUACUCCUUUUCUCCUGUUCUUAAUUUUCUUCAUGUUGUGGAGAUGCUCAGAUGUGUAAUGCUGGGGACUCAACAGUCUCCAGGAUAAUUUCUGAAAAUAAGUUAUUGUAAUAAAUGAGACAAUAGUAAGCUUAUGUCACAUGCUGUCAACUCAGGCUUCAAAGAAGCUCAUUUCAUGAGGCAGAGCUGACUAUUGUGAUUUAAAUCUUGUUAAAAAAACCUUGUGAGAGUAUUGACUUGGGCUCCUGCAGCAUUUGUACUUUAGACAAUUGUUUACAAAAGACACUUCUACAUUGUGCUCAAGAUUUUUUGCCUUUUUUUUAGCGAUCUUUUUUAAAAUAAAGAAUAUAUCUUAUGCCUGUGUGUUCUUCCUGAACAAAAUGCAUUUCCUUUCAGUGCCAGAGUUGCUAACCUGAACAAUCUGUCUGCACUGUCCUUGGUGAAUGUGCUGUGUGUGUUGCUUGUCUAAAGUUGCUCUUGUGUCCUCUGUAGUGCCAGUUGUCAGCAGGUGUUCAAAGCACAGAAGUGGUUCCUCCCCAGGUAAUCUCCAUUGGGGUUUGCAGGGUUGUUUAUAUACAGGUUUGUCACCUGAAUUCUGGAAAAACAAGAAAGGCAAAUACCAGCACUGGCAGUAGAAAGAUAAAUUUAACUUUGCAUUUUUUGCCCUAAUUCCUACCAGAUUAUCCAGUGCUGCUUUUUUUUUGCAUCUGCCUGGUAUUUAUGUACUGAAGUACGUGGAUUCAUGCAGGCACGCUAGUAAAAUUUUAAUCACUAAAAUAAAAACUGUUCCAAAGUUCCAGGAUGGAAUCACAUGUAGAAAGUCAUUCCCCAGCCCCUCAGAGUAGCUUGUCUGGAAUCCUUAAUGCUAUUUUAUGUUGUAAAAACAUUUUUUUAAUGAUCAAUGCAAGUAUAAACAGAUCUUUGAGUGACGAGCUCUGUAAUGUGAAGUCACUUGUUUUAUUUGUCUUGCAAGAGAAAUAAGUGGGGAACUGAUGGCAAAAAGAUUCUUCAUACUAAAAGAAUUGUGAAUGAGUAUUUCACUGACAUAAGGCAUUGUUAAAUGCUUCAGUUAACUUCAGAUUCCUUUAAAUGCUUAAUGUAUUUGUUUUACAUCAUGCAUAGUGCUAGCUGGCUGUCACAAGAACAGGUGACUGUCUUGGACUGGACUGCUCAUUCCUAGGAUUCCACUCCUUUUUGGAGGUGUAUGAAGCCAUCUUUUAUGGCUUUUGCAAGUACCAAGCCUGAAUGAAUGCCUUGUACAAAUCAGAGCAAAUUGGGGGAUUCUAUGUGGCAGGCAAUUGUUUUUACCAGUUGAAUUGUUCAGGAGUUAUGCGUGGGGUUUUUUUGCCUUCAGGGCCUUUUUCCUAAUUUUUGCAUGGAGUAUGAGAGGCUGGAAUAAGCACCCCAGCAUCAAAUCUUGGUCACAACUCAGACAUCUUCUUGCUUCCAUAGCUGCAUUUUCAAAAAUUACUGUUCCUACAGAGAAUGAGUGUGUGUGGUGGGGGGCUCCCACUGGGGUGAUGCUGUUCCUGGUUUUGCAGUUCCCUCAGUUUGUGCCUCUGGUAAAUCAGAGCCCAAACAAUUCAACUUUCAAUGCAGCCUGAUGAGUGUGAGGCACCUGUUACCUCUCUGUGGCUCUUGACCUCCUGCUAUCAGUUUCUAGCCUGUUACCCAGAAUGAGGGGUUGGGUCUUUUAUCUUUUUUCUUUUAAAAGCAAACUGAUUUGUGAAAGUAACCCCAGGAAUGGUGUAUCUUGGAAGAAACUGGCACUGGCAUCUGCUGGACUGACCCAGUGAAUCCUGCCCUGAUGUGGGGCAGGUGGUCACGGGCUCAUGUCAGUCAGCAAAGCAGAAGGGCUUCAGUGCUGGAGGCUUUUUCCAGUUCUCUGCUCUGCUGUAGGUGUUCCUGCAUUGGCCCCUGGGUGCUUUCAUUCCUCCCUCUCUGCUUUGUAUUUGUACUUCCACCAGCAGGUUUUUGUGUGUAGAUGAAUUCUGCAGUAUUUCAUCCACCUUCAAGGUAGGAGAUCUCCAUCUUACCUACUUACUUGGCCUCCUUUUUAUGGAAAAAAGGUGUUGUCAGAAUCCAAACUCAGGAAUAAAUGAUUUUUGUUCUCUUUAUAAUAAGGUUAAUAACAGGAUUAGGUUGAGUGGGAGGACAUACAAACAGAUGUGGAAAACUAAAUAUAACUAACAAGAAUUUUGUGGGAAGAUGUGUGGCACUUUUUCCCUUGUCUUGGUGGUUCCAAGGGACAUCUCUCUGAUCUCAGCAGUUUAAGUCCUUUGGGGAGUGCAGACCUGGGAUAAACCAAGUUUCAGUGUUAUUGUACAGAUGUCAUUAAUUAGGACUUUGAGUCUGGCUCUGCUUUUCCUAUGAAGAAUUGGAUUUUUUUCUGUCUUUGGGCAGUGCUGGCAUUAGAGAUGGAUGAAUUAAAGCAUUAAUUAUUUUGGUUGAGUGUAGGUGUUCUGACUACAGCAAAGGUGCCACCUUUUCACAGUCAUUGCAGGGGACUCAGACCUCUGUGGUGCUAUAGACCAAGUCCCCUGGACAGGGGGGUGGAGGAGUUAGCCUAUAUUGACACAAAUACUACCAGAUUUCACUAAAGCAAGCUGGGCCUGUGAACAUCCAGAGGCUCUUCCUGUUUGUGUGGUGCUGACAGGCUCAGGGCAGGAGGCACAGCCAGUGAAAGGGGCAGCUGCAAGAUUCACUUGAUCAGCGCCCAGAGCAGCUUCCAAAGCCAGCCCCUCUGAAGGAUCACUUUGUAUUUCCCAUCAGGACUCCUGCUCUGAUUACAUAUCACCCCAAUAGGCAGAUAAAUGAGCUAAAAGCAACUCUGUUGGAAAAGGGUAGCAGGAGGGGAGAGGGGAGAUGAGGAGAGCAGCUCCUGGCUAUGCUGGCUCUGGCACUGGGUUUCAGGCUGGCUGUGAUAAAUGAAAGCACCCACGGCCUGUGGCCACCCCUGGGAGGCUGCUGGGCAAGCACAUGUGAAGCACUGCAGAAUAAAAGCAUAUGGGCAGCUAAAGGGAACUUCAAGGUGCUGGUAUCUCUCUAAGCCUUGAUGUGAAAUAACAAUUGAUAGCAACUUGGAGUGGAGAAAGGAACUGAGGUGCCAUUGGCAUGGUUAAAGGAUUUCUCUUAUUUGAUCAAGCCUGUCUACUCCUAUGAGCUUUGUAAAGGUUGUUAGGAUAAAUUUCCAUUUAAGUUUGUUUUCUUUUUUAAGGAAGUGUGACUUCAGAUACAUCCUUCAUGCAAUUAGGGCUUGAUUUUGACUGAACAUAAAUUUUGAAUUUGAACACUUUUGGGGGGAUUGUGGGAGAGUUAUUUCCAUGUUGGGGUAAAGAUGCAGUUAUUGCUUUGGUGUGUUUUCUGUGUCUGCAUGACUUCUGUUGAGUUUUCUUUGGUAGGGAAAAAAAAAACAGCAGGUGAGUUUUGAAAACAAGAGAAUGCAGCCCAAACAUUUCCAUCCUCCCUUGGCUACAGAAAACCAGCUGCUUCUCAUUUCAGAACCAAAACAAAUAAGACCAUUACUUUUAAAGGUGGGUCACAGGCUGCUUUAUGUGUUAAGGAUUUAUAGUGAAAUGAUGCAAUUUGAAAUUUUAUUCAAUAGCCACCAUUCCAAAUCAAGUGUGUUUGUAAAACAUUCAGUAUUAAUGUUUGUGAACCACACAGUAUUAGUAUCUAGUGGGAUUCUGACUGGCAUGAAUGAAGUUCACAGGAAAUACUCAAAGCUUGUCAGUACCAAUAUCAAAAAUUGAACAUCUUGUACUUAAGUUUCACAUCUUGGUACACAUUAUAAAUGUGCAUUUGGAGUGCUGAAUUUAAUGUUCUCCCCAGCAGUGCAGAGAAAAGCUAGGAGAUUUCAGCCUCUAACAGAAAUGAAGGGGUAAGACAGUCUGUCACUGUUUGCAGAGGAGGAAAACAGCACAGGAGAGCUGACUGCUGCCUGCCCACAGAAUCCAACCAGCUCUACCUGCUGUCUGCAGGCAGGAGGGUUGGUGGAGGAGCUGCAGCCCACAAAGGCAGAGCCCUA